AUGUAUCAAAGGCUUAUGAACAAGGUAUUUAGUGGUCUUAUCGGCAAGACUGUAGAAGUGUACAUAGACGACAUCCUGGUGAAGACCACCCAGGCCAAAGAACUUAUCACUGAUCUAGAGGCCGUGUUCGCAUCUCUUCGGCUGCACAAGAUGAGGCUUAACCCCCCUCAAGGCCUUCGCCAUGGAAGCCGGGAAGUUCUUGGGUUUUAUGAUAACCCAAAGAGGAUUGGAAGCCAACCCGGAGAAAUGCGAAGCAAUUUUACGGAUGACGAGCUCGAGAUGUGUCAAAGAUGGAUAGUGUUCAAAUGGACCCCAGCGUGCGAGGAAGCCUUCAAUCACUUCAAGAAUAUAAUCUUGGCACCACUUGUCCUCGACAAACCUAGAAAUGGAGAGACACUAUACUUGUACUUAGCAGUAACUGAUGAGGCUUUGGUGACCGUCUUGGUACGGGACGAAGUGAAGAUCCAGCAGCCGACCUACUUUGUGUGCAAGGCAUUGCAAGGGGCAGAGUUGAGGUACAGUAAACUGAAAAAGCUGACAUAUGUGCGCCUGACCUCCUCCCGUAGGCUGCGACAAUACUUCCAAGGACACCAGACAUGCAAUCAAGGCCCAAGCAAUGGCCGAUUUUUUGGUCGAAGUAACGGGAAACCCCCCGAGACACCGAGCAUACGGUGGAAACUCCAUGUAGACGGAGCCUCCAACCAAACAUUCGGAGGAGCGGGGAUCAUUCUAGAAAGCCCAACUGGAGUCGUGUAUAAGCAAUCAGUUAAGUUCGAGUUUCUGGUGACCAAUAACCAAGCGGAGUGUGAGGCCCUUCUUGGUGGCCUAUUCUUGGCAAGGGAAGUCGGGACCACCAGAGUUGAAAUAUGCAGUGACUCUCAGGUCGUCACAUCACAGAUCAAUGAAACGUAUCAAGCCAAGGACUCAUUGCUACAAAAAUACUUGGAGAAGGUCAAAAAGCUGAGUGAGGAGUUUGACGAAGUCACGGUACAGCACGUUCCGAGGGAGAGGAACACACGGGCUGAUCUCCUAUCAAAAAUGGCGAGCACAAAACCAGGAACGGGGAACCGAUCUCUGAUUCAAGGUUUGGUGAAGGAACCAAUAGUGACCUUACAUAUAACCCGGGCGGCCGACCUCCCUUCAUGGAUGGACCCGAUCACUAUUUUUUUGGAAAACGGUAAACUCUCAGAUGACAAAAAGACGGCAAAAGCACUAAGGAGAGAAGCCGCCAAGCAUACAAUAAUACAAGGCCAGCUAUUCAAGAAAGGGCUGAACCAACCCCUAUUGAAGUGCCUGCAUCCCGACCAGACAGACUACGUAUUAAGCGAAGUCCAGGAAGAGUGUUGUGGCCACCACAUUGGAGGAAAGGCCUUAGCCCAAAAACUCGUCAGGGACGGCUACUAUUGGCCCUCAAUGAUGACGAAUUCCAAGGAGUUCGUGAAGAAAUACAGAAGAUGCCAGGAAAACGCCAACUUUCACAAAGUGCCGGUGGUUGAACUUAGCCUACUGAUGGCCUCCCGACCAUUCUCCCAAUGGGGGUGUCGACCUCUUAGGGCCUUUUCCGGUCGGGGCCGGACAGGUCAAGUACCUAAUUGUCGCUAUCGAUUAUUAAACGAAGUGGGUAGAGGCCGAGCCAUUGGCCAGUAUAUCCUCAGAAAAUUGCCGAAAAUUCUUGUGGAGACAAGUAAUAGCCAGAUUCAGAAUCCCAGAGGUCGUCAUCUCGGACAACGGGACGCAAUUUGCCGACAAGAAGUUCGGGAAAUUUCUCGCCGGUUUAGGGAUAAAGCAAAAGUUAUCAUCUGUUGA